UUGCAGAAUAUAUGUAUGUGUUAACAAGCUCUCCCUAUGUUUCAAACCUUUUUGCGAAGCAAAAAUCAGAACUGAACUUUGACUCAAACGAAGACUUCAUCUUGUUUCUCCUAAGAAAUACUUGCAAACUUGCUUCUUUUGCAAACCAGCUAAGUCCAGUGCUCAACAAGCUACUAGACUACUCUAUAACAGAUGUCAACUCCCCCUGUCCCUCUAAAACACCCUCUGAAUGCUCUACAAAAAGUCCCAGUAGAUACAAUCCUCCCAGCAGUCCACAACAACCGACUGCUUCCUCAGCUGAUAUUCAACAAAUACUCGACACUGUCAACCGAAACAAAAAGGUAACUACCGAAAGUAGAGAAAGAAACACGGAUGAAUUAGAUAGAAAUCCUCACGAGCCAGAAAAAGAGGAAUCUGAUCACAAAGAAGCUGAUGAAGAGUCAAAUUUAGACAAACGAGAGAGGUUUCACAGUGACAGCAGUAUCUCCGAAAAUGAAGGAAUGGAUACUAGCUCUGACUCAGAAGAUUUACCCGAACCACAAAUAGCUUCAUUCCAAAGUCCCUCUGAAAAGAACAGCACUUCAAAAGAAGAACCUGCCAGGAGCUCCCACCAUCAGGAUUCUCCUCCUAGAAGAGAUAGUAGUGAAGGAUCACCACAAACCUCCUACCAACCUCCCAUAUCACCUGAUUCUAAGGAAGGAGAAGAAGAGGAGGAGCGAAUGUUGUUUGACCCAGCCGAUCUGAUGCAGAAAUCAACUGCUGCACUGCAAGUUUCGGACGAGGUCAUGAAACCUCACUCCUCACUGAAACCUCUACCUCCUAAUUCCUCUCUUCCUGCUGAACCUCCAGUUGAAAUACGACCUUCAUCCACACAAACACAGCGCCUUGUUCUACCAAGACAAUCCUCUCCUUUCAAAAGUGGUCACCUCAUCGCAGUUCCACUAGCUAUAGGAAACGAUAUGAAAGGAAUACCAUUACCUCCAAUACACCCUACCUCACAUCCGGGUCCUGGAUACUCUACAACUAUUUCACAACCCACCCGACCUCCCCCUGUUUCUACCUCUACUCCUAAACCUCCCGUCAAGGAUACCGAGCAAAACAGAGAGAAUCUUAACGUUACUAAUGAGAUGGAAUCUGAUAAUCCAGAUAAGCUAUACAUCUGUCCCAUCUGCAACAAAGAGUUUAAAGGCAGCGGCCGGGUCCGGAACUGUAAGAUCCAUAUUAACACAGUUCACCUCAAACACAAGCCCUACAAAUGUAACUUCUGCAACGUUCGGUUCGGCUACAAGGACUACAUGAAGCGGCACCUGAUCCGGCACCACAAGUCCCUGUUUUACUCGUACGGUACGGAGAGCGUACUGGAGAAGUACACCACGUACGAUUUAGAAGACCCGGGCCAGCCACAGGAGCACGAUAGUAUACACGAGGGACGGGACCAGAGAGACACAACGGGACUGUGAACUGGAGAGAGAGAGAGACUCCUUAUAUGGGCAUCACGUGCUGUGUGAGAGAGUGCUGUGUGUAUAUUUCAUAUGUUGCUGAUUAUAAAACUUCUGAUAAGAGAGCUGGUGUGAUAGAGAUAGUUGAUUAGUGAAAUUGCGAGAAUUAAAGUGAACAUGAUAUCCGUGAUGUGUGAUCAGGACUGUGUGAUGUGUGAUCAGGACUGUGUGAUAACUGAAUGUGAGUUGAUCAUUAUCGUCUGCGUGUUCGAUAAAAGGGAACUGAGAGCUUUAUGCAAAUGAAAGUGGAGUGAUUGAAAUUGUUAGGGGCUGUAAGGAGCUGUAAGGAGCUGUAAGGAGCUGUAGUUUUUAGUGCCUGAUAUUAUUCUUCUUCACUAGCUAAAAAGGAUCAUGAAUAACAAUGAAAUCUAGUUUAUUUAUAGAUUCCUUAUUGUAUAGUUAGAGUAUGCGCUAUUUUAGGACAUUUCAUCCUCUAGUCGUUUUCGAUGCCAGACUUUUUGAUUAGGGAAAAAAUUAAUCCGAUGGCUUCAAAUUUUCAUAAAAUAAUGAUUAUUUAAUUUGUAAAUAAUGAAGUUAACUUAGUUAAUAGGUAUCUUUAUCAGUUAUCGUUCUCGAAAGUAACAGCUAACUACGAGUACAAUUCUAUUUUUAAAGGCUCAUUCAAUUAAGCUUACUUAAGUUAUUAAUUAUAAUAGAUCCUUGAAUAGGCUGUAGCGUAGAGGAUCGCCGUUUUCCUUAGUUGCUUGAAUACCGUUAAAAUAUAAAUUUUCCAUUUGUCGUACUAAAAUGAUUGUGUAUUUAAUUAAUUAAAACCGCUAAAAGAAGUAGGUAAAUUUCCUUGUACUGUAAAAGUCGUUUCAAGAUUUCUGGACUGAUGUGGUAGACUUAUUAUUUUUCGAAAUUGAAGAUGAAUUGAGAUAAUUAUGUAAUUGAUUGCUAAAUAUUGCCAUGCAGUAAGUUCGAAUAGAAGGGGACAUCAGAUCUAAACCUAAUGCUGUUGUUAUGGGAAUGAGAAUUUGACAACUUGUUCGUAGCGGAUAAAAAGAAGAUUGCUAUAAACAAUUUUGAAACUCCUGUUUUUUUUUUCUAAAAGUCGUUAUUAAUUGAUGAUUUGUUGAAAUGUCUCCAAAGCGGACUUUUCUUUUAUUAAGUAUUAAUUUAUUCGGUAAGUUUUUUAUGUCUUGAUAAUUACGUUAUGUUGCUAUGUUAUGAUAAGUCUCGCUACAAUAUGCUCAUAUAUGGUCAUUCAUCGUGUCGUUACGUCGCAUUUAAAAGCAUGGCAUGCCCAUAUUUGGGCAUUGCGAUGACGUGACAUAAUGAUGGUAGUAAGAACCUCUUAAUUAAAUAGUUCUUUUACCCA